AUGGAAUUGUUAAAUUAUGCUGCCACGAUUAUCCAAAAAACAUUCAGGGGUUUUCUUGCUCGAUAGGCUGUAAAGUAAAUAAGAAGAAUAAACUAUUUUUCAUCUUUUGACCAUCAUAAUGAGUAUGGGUUUUGCAUUUAGCCUUAAAGAUCAAAAAAAUCUACUCGCAAUGCUUAAUCACUUGUGUAACCAACUAAAAGAAUGGUCAGAAGUAGUGUCUGCAUCUAGAAGUGUUAUCGAGGAUACUUAAGUAGAAAAUACGUUUGCAAUUUUUACAGAUUGAAAUAGAUCGUAUUAUUCUUAGAAGGACACAUUCACAAUUUCUUGAGGAAAAGAAUUUAAUAAAGGAAAAUCCAUAUAAAGUAAUUGAUGGCGUAAUGUUACAAUUUUCAAACUCAAUGCAAAUCAAUAGCAAAAGGAAGAUAUAAUUACAGUAAAUUCAUGAAUCAGAAAUAAUUUGAUGAGAUAAAUGGCAUAAUAUUUACUUCCUUUCUGCAUCUAAUGAUACCUAAUUUCGAGAAGUUGAAUUCGGAACAAAAGUCCCAUUAUGUGGAUUAGAUUUUAGGUGUUGUGUAAUCACAUCCCCCCAGAAAAACAAUGCCAACUCAAAUCAGUUCCAAGACGCCCUUGAAGUAGAGACACAUCAUUUAGAAUGUGAGUGUUUUGUCUUCUGAAGUGAUGACAAGUAAUGGCAGUUGCACUUCCAGUCAUAAGUCAAAGUCGAAUUUAACAAAUGAGGAGUUUAAAUCGAUUUUGCAACGAUAGAAUAAAUAAAUCAAAUGA